AUGUCCAAACAGAAUUCCGAGCUUCCAGAGAUCCUCUCCGAUGCAGUGCUUAAGGCAUCUGUUCCGGUUCCUGACUCAUUUGUCGAGGUGAAGGGAAUUGACUACUCCAAGCCUGAGGCUACGAACAUGCGUGCAGUAGACCUCAUCAAUGGUAUGAAGACCAUGGGAUUCCAGGCUUCGUCCGUGGCUAAAGGUUGUGAGAUCAUUGACGAGAUGAGAAAGUGGAGAGGUAAGCACAAGGAUGAGCUGGAGGAGCACAAGCAGACGGGUGAAUUUGACGAAGAAGGCUACCAGAGAACCACGGUGUUUAUGGGUUACACCUCUAACCUGAUCUCUUCUGGGUUGAGAGACACACUAAGAUUCCUCGUCCAAAACAAGCACGUGAGUGCCAUCGUCGCUACCGCAGGUGGUAUCGAGGAGGACCUCAUCAAGUGCCUUGCGCCAACUUAUAUGGGUGAAUUCAGCCUUCAAGGUAAAAAGUUGAGAGACGAGGGUAUGAACCGUAUCGGUAAUCUGUUGGUUCCAAACGACAACUAUUGUAAGUUUGAAGAGUGGAUAGUGCCAAUCUUGGAUACACUGUUAGAGGAGCAGACACAGGCUGCGACAAAGCUCGGUGCUGAAUGUUUGGAUGCAGGUUCUCCAGCUGUUCUGUCACCAUCUGACCUGAUCAGAAGAUUGGGUAAAGAGAUCAACGAUGAGUCUUCAGUGCUUUACUGGGCCUACAAGAAUGAUAUCCCAGUGUUCUGUCCUGCUAUCACAGACGGUUCCAUCGGUGAUAUGCUCUUCUUCCACACUUUCAAGGCAUCUCCUCAACAGCUGCGUUUGGACAUCGUUGCUGACAUCCGUAAGAUCAACUCGAUGUCCAUGGCUGCUUCUCGCGCCGGUAUGAUCCUCCUUGGUGGUGGAUUGAUCAAACACCACAUCUGUAACGCCUGUCUCAUGAGAAACGGUGCAGAUUAUGCCGUGUUUAUCAACACAGGUCAAGAAUUUGACGGGUCAGAUGCCGGUGCAAGACCAGAUGAAGCUGUGAGCUGGGGUAAGAUCAAAGCUGAAGCCCACUCUACCAAGAUCUAUUGUGAUGCUACAGUCGUCUUCCCAUUGAUAGUGGCAGCUACUUUUGCCAGUGGCAAGUAG